UUCUCUUAGCCCAUUGUUUUUUUGAAUGAAUUGUACAAGUAUAAAGAUGCGAAGCAGGUUUAAAAAGUAACAUAAUUCGGUGAUCUUGACUUUUGCUGGCCCUCGCUUCCAUGGCUUCUUCGUCUUCCUCCUCUCGUCGAUCAAUGUAUCAAGUUUUUCUGAGCUUCAGGGGUGAGGACACUCGCCAUAACUUCACCAGCCAUCUUCUCAGAGCUUUGGAAGACAAGGGAAUUGGAGUUUUCUUCGAUGACGAAAAACUGGAAAAAGGACAGGAACUUUCUCCAGCAUUAUUGAAAGCAAUCGCAGCAUCAAAGAUCUCAAUAGUCAUCUUAUCCAAAGACUAUGCUUCUUCGAAAUCAUGCUUGACAGAGCUCUUCCAGAUCAUGGAAUGCAGGCGUGCUCAACAACAGGAUGUGGUUCCCAUCUUCUACCAUGUUGAUCCCUCUGAUGUGCGCAAACAUGGUGGGACUUUUAAAAAAUCUUUCGAUCAACAUCUAAUAAAUAACCCAGAUGAUGCAAACAGAUGGAAAGCUGCAUUUACUGAAAUAGGAAAAUUGAAAGGAUGGCAUAUAGUGGGACACUUCUCUGACAGAUCGGAACCUGCAUACAUUAAGGAAAUCGUUCAAGAUGUUAUAGAGAAAUUAAAUAGCAAGUCUCUGAAUAGUUCUGAAGAAUUUGUUGGAAUAGAUGAUCAAAAGAAGAAAAUUUUAUCUUUGCUACGAAUUCCUGAAGAAGAAACUUGUAUAAUAGGAAUUUGUGGUAUGGGUGGAAUAGGCAAAACAACUCUUGCUGAAAUUGUUUAUAAUGAAGUCUCUCCCCUGUUUGAUGAUCAUUACUUUCUUCUGAAUGUUCGUGAGAAAUUAGAAAAACAAGGCAUGGAAUCUUUACGAGAUGAGCUUCUUUCAAAAAUAUUGAAACAACAAAUCCAUAUCGGCACUCGCUUUAUAGGAUCCACUUUGAUCCUUGACAGGCUUCGCAGUAAAAGAGUAUUUGUUGUCCUUGAUGAUGUUAAUGAUUCAGACCAAAUAGAACGUUUGGGUGUUAAACAUUUUGGUCUUGGAAGUAAAAUCAUUGUAACAUCUAGAGAUAAACAAGUACUCGAGAAUGGAGUUGAUUCGAUAUACGAAGUAAAGAGGUUGAAUGAGGAUGACUCUCUUCAUCUCUUCUCUAAAUAUGCCUUCAAGCAACAGUAUCCAGUUGGUGAUUGUCAGGAUCUAUCAGAUAGAUUUGUGGAAUAUGCCGGAGGCGUUCCACUUGCUCUUAAAGUUUUGGGUCCUACACUAUACAGAAAACCAAGAGAAUACUGGGAAAGUGCACUGGAUAAACUAAAGGAAUAUCCUGAACCCAAAAUUUUUAACAUACUGAAGAUCAGUUAUGAUGGAUUGGACCGUUUGGAAAGGAAUAUAUUUCUUGAUAUCGCAUGCUUCUUUAAAGGGAAAGACAGAGGCGAUGUAACAAAAUUGCUAAAAAGUUGUUACAGAGGUGCCUAUUUUGGAAUAAGCAACUUAAUGGAUAAGUGCCUGGUUAAUAUUUCAAUGAUGAACACCUUUUCGAUGCAUGAUUUGGUACAAGAAAUGGGUUGGGAUAUUGUUCGCCAGGAAUCCAAGUACCCUGGUAAACGCAGUAGGUUAUGGAGUCCUGAGGAUGUGUAUCGUGUGUUAAAAAGUAACAAGGGGACUGAAUCAAUUGAAGGAAUAUCCUUAAACAUGGCUCAAAUCGGUGUGCUCCAGUUAUCUCCUUCGGUUUUCGAAAAGAUGGCUAAUCUUAGAAUUAUUAGGUUCUAUUAUAAUUUGUUUAGUGAUCAACAGGAGAGCAAAUUGAUGCUUUUGAAUCAAGAUCUUAAAUCUCUUCCAGAUGAGCUAAGGUAUCUUCAUUGGGAGUAUUGUCCCUUGAAAUCUUUGCCAUCAAAUUUUUGUCCAGAAAACCUUGUUGAAUUGAAAUUAACUUACUGCAAUAUGGAACAACUUUGGAAUGGAAACCAGAAUCUCGUGAACUUGAAAGUGGUUGAUCUUAAACAUUGCCAAAAUUUGAUAAGGAUCUCAAAUCUGUCACAAGCUAUAAAUGUUGAAAAAUUAACAAUCGGGGAGUGCAGAAGUUUGGCUGAUCUUCCAUGCCUGCAUCAUUUGACAUCCCUGAGCUCUUUGGAUAUACGUGAGUGCCCAAUCACCAAAUUUCCAGAAAUUCCAACAAGCAUAAGAAGUUUAGGAUUGAGGAAGACUCAAAUAGAAGAAGUGCCUUCAUUGAUAGGGUGUCUGAAUAAACUUGAAUAUCUAGAUAUGAGUGGCUCAAACAUUCAAAAUCUACCAUCUAGUAUCGUUAAGUUAGAUACCCUUGAUUGUAUCGAUCUCUCUGGUUGCAUGAACAUCACCAAAUUUCCGAACGUCUCAGAGAACAUAAUACAAUUAGAUUUGGAUGGCACUCAAGUAGAAGAACUUCCCUCAUCUAUCUCAAGGCUUAAAAGCCUUUGCACAUUGAAUAUGAGAGACUGCAAGAGCCUUAAAUCAAUCUCCAAGCUUCCACCAUGUCUAAGAUGGCUUGAUGCAAAGGGCUGCACGUCAUUGAAAAAUGUGUCACGCAUGGAUCAAUAUGAAUGUGCAUCCCAUGAGAGUAAAACAUGGCAAUGCAUCAUAUUCUCUGAUUGCUUUGACCUGGAUCAAGAUGCAAUCGACAACAUUGUGGCAAGUACAAUGUUCAGAUCUCAAUGCAUAGCAAAGCAAUUGGCAGAGGAAUUGACAGAGGAAGUUUAUGAUCCAGAUGGUUAUAAAGGGCAAGUGGUUUGCUGUUUUCCUGGAAGUGAAAUUUCGGGAAGCUUUGAGUAUCAGAGCACGAAUUCAUCAGUAAUCGCCAAUUUAGGCCCCGAUAGGUGUGGCAGAUUCUUUGGUUUUGUUCUAUGCAUGGUGGUUGAUCUCAAACGCUCUCAUAAAUUAUGUCUUGAUGUUGACUGUGAAUACCAACUAAAAACCAAAUCCGGUGAUUAUCAUAAUUUCAAAAUUAAUUGGCAAUGGCCAAUGUAUGAUGAUGAAUCAACGCCUUUGGAGUUUUCCAAGCGGGUGUUAAUUUUGUUUGAUAGCGAAAUGCUAAUGGAGGAAAAGCAUUAUGAAGAGGCAUUGUUUAAAUUCUCCAUCAGAGAUGAAUAUAAAAAAAUCCCCCUGGAUGAUAUCAAGGUGGAGAAAUGUGGUGCUCAUGUAUUCUAUGUUGAUGGAAAGAGAUCUAAUGACUACAUGAUUGAAUCCGGAGGAAAUUUCAGCUCUGAUGAGGAGGGAAUGGAACCAGGACUUGAGGGAAUUGAAUCAAGUAGUGGUGCUCAUUUGCCAAUUAUCCCAGAUGAAGAGAAGAGCUGUGAUCCUGAUAUGAUUCAACCCAACUCACCAGUUGAUCCGAAUUCGCUUUCCCUCAAGUCAGAUGCCAACAGUCUACAUUUUGGAGGAUCAAUAACUGAAGAUGGCAAUAAUAUGAAUGACAAUGAUGGCCUUAUUAUUGAAAAGGGAUCUGGACACAAUGUCAGUGAAAAUUUCAGCUCCCCUGAUGAUGGAGAUGAACACAAGCAUAAAAAGCUAAAACUAUCAGAUUUCUUUUGAUCAAAUGUCCGCUUUCUGCAUUGUAUCUAGACUGAAAGUUGGUUUUGAGCCACUGAGGAGAUCCAACUCCAUCAAAUUUAUUCCAAACGCAAAGGAAAUCCUGCUACAGGUGGAAACAUACACAGCUAGAAGCAGAAAUGAAUCAACUAAAAUUCUUCUGGUUCCUGGCAAUAUGGCUGUAGCUACAAAGCUUCCUUCUGUUUGAAUGAGCAAUGCUGUUCAAAGUUUAUGAAACAGAAACAGGCUUGUAACAAAAAAAAUAAUCUUACCAGAGAACACUGUCAAAUAAUUUAGAAUUGCUCUACAUUAUAUUUAUUUUAUGUAUAAGUACAUUACCUUAAACUCGUUAGUUAAAACUUAGAACCUCUGAUUUAGAAAUUUUUACAUCGAAUUUUGUGAUAAAUCUGUUCAUGGAUUUGGCUGCCUAUCAGAUCGAACUUCAAUCGAGCCUUGGAUAGGAGUUUUCAGGCUGAGCCACCAUAUCUGAGAAAAACAGGACUUUCAUCUUAAAAAUUGAAAGGUAGGAUAAUUUUUGGAGUUCACAGACCCACCCACCAUAUCUGCAAGAACAAUCCUCUAACAAAACUUUCAACAACCAGGCAGAAACAAUUUAGUGGAACUCAACAAGGCAACAACAAACCAAAUACCCAAAUCAAAUCACAAAGUUUAAUCUGUCUAAUUUUUCAACACCUCCUCAUCAACUGCCCUGGAUCCAUACUUGUGACUUACUAACGAGAAAUGUUUGCAAUAAUUUCUAACGUUUGCCAUUGAUAAAAGAGUGAUUAGUGGGGACAUUAGUGUUAAGCAUUUGACAUAACCAUUGAAGUCAUUGACCAAUCAAUUCCAAGUUUGCUGCGGUGUCAUGUCUUCAUUGGACAUCCAAUGGCACGGUCUCUCUUACUUAUCACCAGAUGGGCCUCCAUUUUUUCACUUAAAAAUCCAUUUUGAAAUUUUAUAUUUUUCUCAAAAAUGACAAAAUAUAGAAAGUCCUUACUCCCGACGUUAGUUGCUCUCAUUUCUAUGCCAGACUUUUACUUCUCCUUAGUUCUUUGACAAAGUUUUCUCCUCGCCAAGCAAAAAACUCAGAUGAAUUCUUUGAAUCUAAGUUAUCUGUUUACAAGAUUAUCAUGCCUGGAUCUGAUUAAAAAGUUGGGUUUUUUAACAGAAGCACAGUGCUGGUAUUGUUCAGAAAUUUAUUGUUCUGAUUGGGUUUUUGUGAUUUGCUGUUUGGUACUUGAUUUCAUUGUUUUAUGUUUGAAAGCUAGGAUCUUUGGGUGUAAAAAUCCUGCAUUUGGGCAUUCAGCUUGGUUUUUAAGAUAAGAAACAAAAUUGGGUUGCUUAGGGUUUCGAGAAUUAGUAGCUAUGGAAUGUGUUAAGGAAUUAUCUGCUUGGUACUAGAAUUCAUUAUUUGACCUUGAAAACUAGCGUCUUUGGGUUUUAAACUUGGAUUUUAUGAAAAACCAACAACAUUGGGUUGCUUAGGGU